GCUGUGCGGGGGGGUCACGGUGCGGAGAGGGUCGCGGUGUGAGGGGCGCGCAGGCCGCGGCGGCUCCGCUUCCCCCAGCGAGCCCGAUGUGAGCGCCCCGCGGCGGGGCCAGGCAGCGGGGCCAUGAAGAAGGAUGUGAGGAUCCUGCUGGUGGGAGAACCCAGAGUUGGGAAGACAUCGCUAAUUAUGUCUCUUGUCAGUGAGGAAUUUCCAGAAGAGGUUCCACCACGUGCUGAAGAAAUCACCAUUCCAGCUGAUGUCACCCCUGAAAGAGUGCCAACCCACAUAGUGGAUUAUUCAGAAGCAGAACAAAAUGAUGAACAACUUUAUCAUGAAAUCUCACAGGCAAAUGUGAUUUGUAUAGUAUAUGCUGUUAACAACAAGAAUUCCAUUGAUAAGGUAACAAGUCGAUGGAUUCCUCUCAUCAAUGAAAGGACAGAUAAAGAUAGCAGGCUGCCUCUUAUAUUAGUUGGAAACAAGUCUGAUCUAGUGGAGUACAGCAGUAUGGAAACUAUUCUUCCCAUUAUGAAUCAAUACACAGAGAUAGAAACAUGUGUAGAGUGUUCGGCUAAAAACUUGAAGAAUAUAUCUGAACUAUUCUAUUAUGCACAGAAAGCUGUUCUGCAUCCUACAGGUCCUCUUUAUUGCCCAGAGGAGAAAGAGAUGAAACCUGCCUGUAUUAAAGCACUCACUCGCAUUUUUAGAAUUUCUGAUCAGGAUAAUGAUGGUACUCUCAAUGAUGCAGAGCUCAACUUCUUUCAGAGAAUUUGUUUUAAUACACCGUUGGCUCCUCAGGCUUUGGAAGAUGUGAAGAAUGUAGUUAGGAAAAACGUAAGCGAUGGAGUUGCUGAUAAUGGAUUAACUUUAAAAGGUUUUCUUUUUCUACACACACUUUUCAUUCAGAGAGGAAGGCAUGAAACAACAUGGACUGUUCUGCGUCGCUUUGGAUACGAUGAUGACUUAGAGCUUACACCAGAAUAUUUGUUUCCUCUGCUAAAAAUUCCUCCAGACUGCACAACAGAAUUAAAUCAUCAUGCAUACUUGUUUCUUCAAAGCAUUUUUGAUAAGCAUGAUUUGGAUAGAGAUUGUGCUUUGUCUCCUGAUGAACUGAAGGAUUUGUUCAAAGUCUUUCCUUAUAUGCCAUGGGGGCCUGACGUUAACAACACUGUUUGUACAAAUGAAAGGGGAUGGAUUACCUACCAGGGGUUUCUCUCUCAGUGGACACUGACUACAUACUUAGAUGUACAGCGGUGCCUGGAGUACCUGGGUUAUUUAGGCUACUCAAUACUUGCAGAACAAGAAUCUCAAGCAUCAGCAAUUACAGUAACAAGAGAUAAAAAGAUAGAUCUCCAGAAAAAGCAGACUCAGAGAAAUGUUUUCCGAUGCAAUGUUGUUGGAAUGAAAGGCUGUGGGAAAAGUGGAGUCCUUCAGGCUCUUCUUGGAAGAAAUCUAAUGAGACAAAGGCAAAUACGUGCAGAACACAAAUCUUACUACGCCAUAAACACAGUCUAUGUGUAUGGACAAGAAAAGUACUUGCUGCUACAUGAUGUCAGUGACUCAGAAUUUUUGACUGAUGCUGAGACCAUAUGUGAUGUUGUCUGCCUGGUAUAUGAUGUCAGUAACCCUAAGUCCUUUGAGUACUGUGUCAGGAUUUUUAAGCAACACUUCAUGGAUAGCAGAAUACCAUGCUUAGUGGUAGCUGCAAAGUCUGACUUGCAUGAAGUUAGACAGGAAUAUAGUAUUUCUCCUGCUGAAUUCUGCAAAAAACACAAAAUGCCUCCACCUCAAGCCUUUACCUGUAAUACUGUUGAUAUGCCGAGUAAGGAUAUCUUUGUUAAACUGACAACUAUGGCAAUGUAUCCCCAUGCCCGGUUACGCUGUAUGUGCGCCUGCAACAGGUGUACAUUUUGCAUCUGUCAGAACUUCCUCAACUCAGACUUGCUGCAAUCUGUAAAGAACAAACUCUUCACUGCAGUUCUUAACAGGUGUUCAUUUGUAUUUGGCUGGCUGGCGCUUAAUCUCUUCUUACUACCUUGUUUUACCUCUUUUUAAAAGCAAGGCUUCUGUGUAUGUCAUUCUGACCCCUUCUUUAAUUAUCAGCUCUUUUUUUUUUUUUUUUUUGGCUUCUUUUUUCCAUUCUCCAACUCCAGAGCAUGGAUUUUAAGUGUGGUUUUUUUUCUUUUUUCUUGGUUUGAAGUCCUUACUUGCUGCAUUUUGCUUGUAUAUCAGUGAUGCUUUUCUGCUGACUUCUUUUCACAAUUAACAUGUGUAACAAUUAUUUUGUUGUUCAAUGAGGGAGAGUUCUCAGACCGUUUUAUUAUCUUUUAAAGUUUUUAAAUACGAUGAAAUAUAAGCGAUGUUCUGUUUCCAUAUAAAAGCAUAAUUGAUUUGGGAAUUAUAAGAUUUCUUUUCUAUAAAAACCUUCCUUCUGUGAAAUUAAGCGUAAGGAAAUAGUUCAGUAUCCCUUUAAUAGUGGGAAGGUUAUAAGAAUUUAAUCCAGGUUUUAUUUUUCAGUAUGUAUACUAUAAGCAGAUAAUUGAUUCAAAACUGUAGGAACGUAUCACCAUUCGACCUGAUUGCAGAGAUCAAUCCCUUUACUUGGGUUUCCCUAAAAUUAGGAGGAUAUAACAAUAUUUUCUCACCUCUAUUCUUCCUUCUCUCAGCCGUUUAGUACACCGUACUCAGAGUUUUGCAAAACUCUGUCCUCUGCCUUCUUUCCAAAUAGGGCAUAUUAAAUUGACAUUUUAUAUUCUUUUUAGGUUUUGUAGAUGUGAGAAGUGCCAAGCACAUCUUAUUGUUUUAGAUAACUAAUGCAUGGGGAAAACUAACUGCUGGCAUUGGUUGGUACAACAGUAGCCUAGGAAAAUAAAUGCCUGAAGGGAAGCUGCAGCAGCGUGACUAUGCUGUGUGAUGUUUUGGGAGUUUAGUUGCUUAUAUUUUAUACUUAGAACCUAUAUUCUAUCAGAGCAGGCUGCUGCUGCUUGCUGACUGCAUUAACUUGCUUAUAAUUCUGGUGUCAGAAGCCAUGCGACUUGUAUGUUGGCCUCACCACUGUGCUUUUAGAAUGCAUUUGUAGUUUAUAUGGAAAUGUACUAGAAUUUAAAUAGUUAAGAUUAAACCUCCCAAGACUUGGGAUUCUUCUGCUGAUGUGGGGAAAAGUGUCAGUAUUGGCCCAGAACUCACUGGUUUUCUGUGUGUAACCUUGAUAGGCAUGCUCAGUUAACUGCUUGAUAAAUGCAUGCUGCAGACUUCUUGUGAGUUGUUAAAGCCUCUUAAAAGAAGGACUGUACAGAUCUCCAAGAUAUCAUUCAACAAGUAACAAGUUACUUCACCCCCUCCAAAGGGCUGAGUGAAAAUCUGUCAUCUUUUUCCAAAACAUGCAUUAAAAUCUGAAUUAUCUGACAGAGGCAUAGGCUCCACAUUUAGAUUCCCUUUAUAUGUAGAAAUACUUACGUGACAAGUACACACACCAGUCUGCUUUAAAAGUUUGAAAGCUAAUUUGUAUCUAAUAAUCAAGAGUUUUGAAUACAACAUAGAUUAUGGAGUCCUACCUACUACACAUUCACAUGUAUUUAUUUUUUCCCCUGGGGAGGAUAAUUUUUCUAGUUUUGAGUUAGUGAAAGUGUCAGAUGCUCUCUUAUUAGCAAGGCAGCAAUAAUUUCUACCACUGGUGAAAAUUAAUU